UCCGCUAUCCGACCACGACCGCGGGCCGACUCGUGCUACCCUGUGUACCUGUGCCUGUGUUAUACCUCAAAAAAGUACGUAAACAAAUCAACAUACUAACCAACCAGUGCGAAGUGAAGCAGUGAGAUCGGCGGGCACGCGUGCGUAUUGACGCUUGUAGAGCGGCUGUUGGAAUCGUUGCAUUCUGCAGGGAGCUACCGGUGUAAUACAGUUCGUGAACCAGUAUGUAGUGGACAGUGCGCCAAAAAAAAGUGUAAAAUCCAAAAUGGCGGACCAUUUCGACAUCGAGAGCGUCGAUGAUGACGUCGGCUACGACUUUGACAGUACUAAAAUCCCAGAAAUCGUGACUCCCGAUGACAUGAAUGAGUCUGGUUACCAGGAGGGUUCUGAACAGAGUUUCGGGGAUCGGAGGGAUAGCAAGGAGGGAUUUGGGGGGGAAGGGGAUUCGGAUUCGGGCGUUGACGGGGUUAGCAGUGGGUGUAGUACGGCUGACGAUUGUCCUGUGGUGUCGAUAAAUGAUGUGGUCGCGUAUUAUGAUGACCUUCGUCCGAGGAGGAGGUACGCGCCCCAGCUCAACUUCUACGGCGUGGAUAUCGAGCGGAUGGCGAUGGAAGCUCUUAUUCAGAGCGAGUCGAGCUACACCUCGUCGGAAGAGGGAUGCGGUGGAGGAGAGCGUCACGCCGUGCUCAGCUACGAGCAAGUGAGGCGGCUCAAUGAUGUCAUGGACGAAGUCGUGGCCAUCCACGGCCGCGGCAACUUCCCCACUCUCCACAUCCGACUGCGUGAACUCGUUGCCGGAGUCAGGACACGACUGGAAACCGCACAGAGCGCUGGUGGAGCUGGAAUCACCGUACGCGACGUACGACUCAACGGAGGAGCCGCGAGCCACGUUCUCACGGAUCACCCACAGCCCUACUCUGAUAUCGACCUCAUCUUCACCGCAGAUCUACCCACCGCGCGUCACUGCGACCGCGUCAAGGCGGCAGUGCUAGGCCACCUGGCGACGUUACUACCACCAGCCACGCCGCGCAGGCGCGUCUCGCCAGCUGGAAUGAAAGAGGCAUACGUCUCCAAAAUGGUCCGCGUCAAUUCCGACGGCGACCGAUGGUCCCUGAUCUCGCUUGGGAAUUCGCGUGGUGUCAAAUCCGUGGAAUUGAAAUUCGUGGACACAAUGCGUCGCCAGUUCGAAUUUUCUGUGGACUCGUUCCAGAUCGCUCUCGAUUCGCUGUUGGCAUUCCAUGAAUGUGCUCAGCUCCCGAUCGGAGAGAACUUCUAUCCGACUGUCGUUGGUGAAUCUGUGUAUGGAGAUUUCCAUGAAGCACUUCUCCACCUCGCUGAGAAGCUGAUUGCGACACGGCAGCCCGAAGAGAUCCGUGGCGGAGGACUGUUGAAGUACUGCGCCCUCCUCGCUAAAGGAUACAGGCCGGCGCGACCGGAUAAAAUAAAGACGCUCGAGAGAUACAUGUGCUCGAGGUUUUUCAUAGACUUCCCGGAGCUGGGGCAGCAGCGAGCCAAGCUCGAGGCUUAUUUGAGGAACCACUUCGUCGGGCGCGAAGAGGAGGCUCUGAAACACAGGUACCUGUUGCUGUUGCACUCCGUAGUCCGGGAGUCGACAGUCUGCCUCAUGGGCCACGAGCGGCGACAGACCUUGGCUCUCAUUGAAGCGCUGGCGCACCGGGAAUUCUGCGUACAGCGGACCCUCCUCCUGCCGCCUCCGGGGUACUACGUAUGCGUGUGCGCAGCCUGCGCGGCGUGCGCGGCGUGCCCGGCGUGCGCGGUGGCGGCCCAGCACCACCCCCCGCUGCCCGUGCCCCCCGCGCCCUCGCCCUGCUGUGAUUGCUGCCGUCCGACCCUUUGCCCCGCGUGACCCCUCUAGGCCACCCGCUCUGCGCGAUAGGACGACAUUCUUAACCCUCUAUCGAUCGACGAUGAAUUUAGUGCCAAAUGUAUAUAAUACGGAUAAAAAAAUAUAUGUAUGAUUUUCCCUGUCUUAGCGAGUGUGAUUGUAUAUUGUGUAAUAACGCUUCGUAUUCUUGGCUGAUUUGUUUUUAAUUGUAUUCAAAAAAAAAAGUAUAAAAUUGGAGAUAUCGAAGCGAAAACACAGGCCAAUGGACUUACGCGUUUUUGGCGUGCUGUUAGUAUAUUCGGACCGAUUGCAUUUGGGAGACAAUCUCUGUCAAUUCAAAAUUGCUCACUUUGUGUACACCGAUCAAUUUUCGCACGUCAAUUGUCAUGGACGGGCCUGACCCGGUCGCCUCGCAGCAUUUCCCGUAAUAUUCCAUAGACGGACGGGCACAUACCCACGUUUACCUGUUGCCAAUUAUUUUGAACCCUAAUUAUGUAGCUGUAAGGAACGAAAUGCGGCGCUGGAGACGUGAAAUAAUUUCUAGUCGUACUCCUUUCGUGUUGAUAAGUUAAUAUGUUAGCAGUACGAAAAUUAUUUUCCACGCGAAGAUAAAUAGGGUGUAAGUCCAAAUCGAUGGUCUGCCUAUAAAAAAAAGACUAGUUAGUUAUUUUUAAGCUUUAUAAUUAUUAUAUGUAUAAAUAAAAUUGUCUCCAUUAACAUAGCGUGUCUCUCAGAAAAAAAGACAAAUGUUGAAAAGUAUUGUUAAUAUUGGCUUAGACCUCGCGCAGUAAGAUUUCUGUAUAGAUGAUAAUGUUUGCGAGUGACGUACAAAAAAAAAAAGUCCGGCCUUGUACGAUGGCCUUUACGCGAGAAAUUCCGUUCUAUUUUUUUAAAUUGCAAAAGUGACUGAAAUCGGUUGCAGUUGAGAUGGAGUCUCGGGCAGGUAUCCGGUUGGCCGAAAGGCACUAUCUCUGUUCCUUGCCGACAUACAUAGCUAUAGUCAUAUUAACUAUUUUACUAUGUAUUUAUCAACUCGAAAAUGUAUAUACAUUUAUCUCUUUUUCGUGAUCGCUCUAGUAUUGUAUACGGCUUGGCAUACGAAGUAACAAAUUAAGAUUAAAUAUAAACACAAAAAAAAUAUAUAAAAAAAUACAAAAAAAAUAUAUAAUAUAUAUUUAACACUAAGGUGUGUACAAUAUUAAAGUUCACUCUUUUUUAAUGAUAAAGAAAAAUCCAUUAUAUAAAUAUUUUAAGAACAUUUACAUGUAGCAGUCAUAUUAGAUGCAGAAUACUUAUGAAUAUUUGUUUUAACAUCUCAUUAAAACAGUUUACAGUAGAAUAUACGGAAAAUGUGAUUUAAUUGUUGUAGAAUUAUACUGUUGUCGCAGAUUAUAUAUACUACUUACAUUAUUAUGUAGAUUAAAUACAAUAGAGAGUUAUUAUUGUUGUAUUUUAAUAAAUAGAUUAUGAACGAUGUGUGAACAAUGUCCGGCCAAAUUAUGCAUGUCUUAGAUAUUUUGAAAGUGCAUAUUGAACUUAUAUUAUACUGGAUUCUCUUAGAGCUCGGAAUAAGCGGUUAGGUCGCCUUCAAAUAUAUGCGGGUUCGCACAGCACGCAUCGCAAAACGUUAGAACAGGGAUGUCGAGGUUUGAAUUGACCAAUCAGACACGUUGGCGCUAAAAUGCAGCGAUAUGAUUGGUCGAUUAUAGCACAUGUCUUUGAUAAACCAUUCGUAUACUGUUAAAGUUAGUAUCUCGGCCAAUACUGUGUCUGAGAUCCACUAUGUUUGAAGACGGCUUAUAAUAUAAUUAUAAGAAUUAUCCGGAGUAGUGAAGUACAAUCAGCUUUAGAAUAAUAUACUUCGGGAUGUGACGAUUCUGAACGAAUUUCCGAUUUGCUCACUAUUGAACCAAAAUUUAAGAUCUCAUUUUUAUUAUCUUCUCAAAACUGAUAGGACUCUGUAGGCGAUUUUUCGUGUGACAUACGAGACAGAUUCGAGUGACAGUAUGUUCAUUAAGGAGAUCUGAUUACUUCACAAGAAACAACAAGAAAAUUUAAAAGAAAUUUCAAAAGUGAAAUAGGCAGAACUCCUUAACUUGUUAGCCCUAAAUUAGACAUAGUUCGCAGUCGUAUAAAUGUACUUAGAAAUAAAUGAAGUACAUAAUAGCUAACGGAAUCUUAACUAUAUUCCAUUGUAAGGGUGAACUUAAGAUUUAUCACUAGUAUUUUAUCGCGUGUGUAGCCCGCCGCGAUUGACUUACGUUGUGAAUUGUAGUAUUUUCGAAAAAUAUUUUAAUCAUUUUUGUCAUAAUUAUUGUAACUGUGAUUGUUAUAUAUUGAUACAUAAUAUUUAAUAGGUCCCUGGUUGGAGAAAAUAUACAAAGAUGAAGGUAUAUAAAUUUGAUCAAAUGUUACAUAAUUUACUUAUUAUUAUAUUAAAGAUAUGAAUGACUUUAAUAUCAAACUUAUAAAGUUAUUAAAAGAAUAUUAAAUGGGACCUAUUAAAACAACUAUUGGCAAAUAUACCUCCUCGCGUAAAUUUGGGAUCGCCGGUAACUUUUGUUUUUUUUUAUUCCUCUAAAAUAUAUACUUAAUUCUAAGAAAAACUUGUGUAGACAUGUCCUAUACGCACUAUAUUUUUAAAAACAAACAGAAUUUAUUAUUGAAUGUUGGCCACUGUCACAAUUAUUGGGCGGUUUGUGGCGCGGUCAUACUUUGUCUAAAUACUUUACCGCCUCCGCGCCUCAAAUCCUGUUUCUUGUGAUGGCUCUAUACGCGUGACGAAUCUACAAAAGUUAAAUUAUCUUAGCAUUAAUGUUUUACCAUUCUGAUUUAAUAUGUAGAAAUGCAAAAAUAUUCCAAAAAGACCUAUCUUAAUUAGGCCUCUUAAGAAUACCUACAUACAAAAUGCUUCCUGUAAACGGUCUAAAAGUUUAAAAUACUUUUGAUGUACUGAUGAUGAAACAAUUCUAACGCCAUAUAUGUCUUUGAUUAUUUAAUAUUGAACUUAAAAAGGGUGAAAUCAAGACAUAUUCAGAGGUAUUCUCCAUAGAUGCAUUAUUUUGUUAUCUUGUUUCUAUUACUUUCUAACCUAGACUUAUAAAAAUACAAUAUUGUUUUGGUAUAAUGUGUGGCUUGCCGACCAGUUUAUUUAUUUUUUUCUUAAUUUUGAGGACUUGAUAUUUUGGAAGAUUGCCAAUAUAAGAAAAAAAAAUCUUUAUCACUUCUAUUCUUUGUGUCAGCUAAAAAUUAAAUUCUUAAAAAUGUCAGCUAAAAAUGACAAUGAUGUUAUCUAUGGACAAUACCUAUGAGUUCAGCCUUAAGCAAAUUGGACUAUCACCAACACGUUGAUUAAAACGCUGGCUUUUUCUUUGUACAUUGAAUUUUAACUAUAAAUAAAUCUUUGAAUUAUUUCACUAAUGCACGUACAUUGUCUUAUGCAUAGAUUUUACCUUUAAAACUUGUGUUUAUUACAAUGUACAUAAUGCAAUAUGACACAUUAAAAUAAAGAUCAAUUAAUUGUGAUAGUAAAUAAUCAACAAUAGAAGAACUACCGUUUCAAUCAAUGUGUCGAUCUUGGAACGCUUUGCUAAAGGGGCAAGUUAUUACUUUGUUUCAGUGUCAUGUCUUCAGGAGAGGCAUUGCGAAGUAGUUUAGUGUUUAUUUUCUAAAGUUACCAACAGUUUCAGCUAGCCUUAAUGUUUAUGGUUAAUUUUAUGUAAUGCACCGGUCGGGGCGUUUGCGUACGUAUUUGUAUAUAUUGAAUUUCAGAUAUUUAAAAAAAUAUUAGGAUUACUUCUGGUAAAUGUAGAUGCCAUAUAUUUUCUUGUCUAUUCUGCCUUGAUCGUUAUUGGCAUGUAUAAUUACUAUAGGCGAUCAAAAGUAUAAGAUUUUCGUUUUAAAUUUUGUUUUCAGUUAUUGUAUUUAAAUUGCCAUCAAAAGUUAGUACUACACAUAAAAUGUGUAUGUGAAUGUGUUAUUAAGUUUCGAUUUAAUUUGUGCAUAUUUGGAAGAUAAAAAUGGAAAUUAAUGCACUGCACAUAAAGUAGCCCUAAUGAAUUUUACGGAAAGUUAAUGCAUUUACUUAAAAUACGAUGAGACGUUGUAGGAUUGUGUGAAAUUUCCGUAAAUUUACAUUUUGUUAAGUAGCCUACCUAAUUAUUGUUUUAUGAUGCAAUCAAAUUAACAUUUGGCAAAAUUGUCUUGCCAUUAUUAACUAUAUAAAUGUCGCCCGGAAGAGUUAAAUGAUAUAUUUUGACAACAAACAGAGCUAAACUUAAAAAAAAUAUAUUUUAAUUAGAUUCUUGAUUAUCAUUUAAAGUUCAACUGUCAAAACAUGUCAACUUACUUAAAGAUUUAAAAUUAAAAUCAGGCGCAAUUGUUUUGCAGUUCAAUGUCAUUUGUGUAAAGAAAUUAAAAUGAAAUUGUACGUAUUCGGAAGUCUGAAAGUACGCAAGCGCCAAUAAUGCGUGGUUGUAAAAAAUAUGGACACACAUUAGUUGCACGGAUAUGAUUGUGGGUCAUUCCAUUUCAUCAUUUUAUAAGGUUCAAGCAGUGAACUGAAGGUAGUCUUUCUGAAAUAUCUACUAUAAAACGUAUUAGCCAUACGCCACAUUACUGGAUUAUGCCAUUUUUAAAAAUAUAUCUGGCAAUUAACUGAUGUCAGGAUGGGGCGGCAAGAUUUUAGGUAGAAUCACUAGUCUUUCAUUAGGUGAUUUAGAAGCUUGAAUUAUAAACGGGAAUUUAAUUAUUUCAUCUUAAGAAACAUGGUCAGAAGGCCGAAUCGUGGAAGGCGUUUGACCAAAAAUUUAAAUCCAGUUUUUUUUAAUUCUACGUUUAAUUUGUUUUUGUUUUAUUUCUUGAUUAUAGACAUCUUUAAAAACCUUGAUAUCUCCAAAUGUCCAAGAAACCCAAAGGUUAUUGAUGCAACAUACACGAAUUUGCAUUUUUUUUUAAAACCUUUCGAAUUUUCACUAUUUUAUUAGUAUAAUUACUCAAUGCGUGAUUAGUUACAUGUUUCGCUGGCGUAGUCAAGCCGAUAGUCACAUAUAUAAAUUUUUAAACACAAAGUCUCGUCCAUAUUCAAGAGAUUUCUUUAGAAAUAAACCAAAACUGUACCAUUGUUACCUUUAUAUUUUCUCUAUGCAACAUGAAUUGAUAAAUAAAUGAACGGUUCAAAAUGGCGUCCACAAAUUUUCCGUGCAGCUUCUGUGAUCCCUGAUUGCGCCGACGCGCGCCGGCAGCCGGCUCAUAUGUUUCAAGCGGCCUGUCGGCAUCACGACUCUCUUUAGCGAUUAUAAGGAUUGCUAGUUCGUAAAGCCUUACGUUAUAUAAGCUUACUGUUAGGUUAUCAAAUAUAUACAUUUAGUUACGUAUCUCUUCAGAGAUGUCUGUGUCCUACACGUGGCGCGCACGCGCAGUUGUUACGACACGUUUCUAUAUAUUUGUGAGGAGUUUUAAGCUAUGUAAAUUUUACAGAAAAUUAAAUAAAAAUGUUGUGAAAAUAAAUUAUAAAAAAGUGAUAAAUAUUGAA